AUGGGGACGUCCAAAGCUCGUGCUGCUCCGAAGGCGUCUGCUACACCCGCCAAGUCCACAGAAUUCUCACGGCACCUACCCGGCAAGACCUUCGUCAUCGACAAUGGCGCAUACAUGAUCAAAGCGGGCUACGCUUCUGAUCUCUCCCCCGAAGAAAGCGUCUCCACCUGUACCUCGAUCCCAAAUACCCUCGUCAAGACGCGUAACAAUAAAAUCGUCAUCGGCUCUCAGCUAUCAACAGUGACCGACUGGAAUGAAGCCAUGUUCCGACGUCCGUUAGAGAAGGGAUAUGUUUCCAACUGGGAAGCGGAAAGAGAGAUCUGGGACCAAUCGUUCUUUGAUGAGAAGACGACGGCUCGGAAUAAGAACACUCACGUCGCCGACCCCGAGAAUACUACCCUCGUGCUCACUGAAGCGCCCAAUGCCCUGCCCAUCUUACAACGGCAUUCGGACGAGAUGGUUAUGGAGGAAUGGGGAUUCGGAGGAUAUGUCAGGUGCAUAGGCCCGACCCUCAAUGCGUGGAACGAAAUUCAUUCUCUCUUCGGCGACCCUCUUACAACAUCACCCGACUCAACUCCUCUUCCCGCAGACUGCUUAUUGGUGGUCGAUUCUGGCUAUUCGCACACGACAGUGACUCCGGUCUACAAAGGUCAAGCUUUGCAACGUGGUGUGCGCAGACUCGAUCUUGGAGGAAAGCACUUGACAAACUAUUUGAAGGAGAUUGUGUCAAUGCGCCAAUACAACAUGGUGGAUGAAUCAUACAUCAUGAACGAAGUCAAAGAAGCUGUCUGCUACGUGAGCAAUGACUUUUCCGGGGAUUUGGAACGAACGUGGAAAGCAGGGCGGAAGCACCAGGCCAGUUCUGAAGAUGGGAUUGUGCUGGACUAUGUGCUUCCUGACCCCAAUGCGAACCGAAAGGGGUUCAGCAGACCGCAUGAUCCUCUUAUGCAGGUCAAGAAGAAGAAGGGUGCUCUCUCUGGUCUCAGCGCUGAGGUAUUAUCAGAGGAUGUGCUCGUGCUGGGCAAUGAACGUUUUGCUGUGCCAGAGAUCCUGUUCACCCCGAGUGAUAUCGGGAUGAAGUCAGCCGGCAUCCCCGAAAUAAUCCUCCAAAGCUUGUCGGCCCUUCCCACCGGCUUGCAUUCUGCAUUCCUGGCGAAUGUGAUGGUAGUUGGCGGGAAUGCCCUGAUCCCAGGCUUCAUGAACAGACUUCAGACUGAGUUGCGGCAAAUUGCAUCUGCCGAAUGUGUGGUGAGAGUGCGCCGGGCUAAUGACCCUAUCCACUCAACCUGGCUUGGAGCCUGCCGCUUCGCCACGAACAGGGAGGAACUUAGCAGAGUAGCCAUUUCCCGCCAAGAAUACCAAGAACAUGGAUCUGGAUGGGCUGGUCGACGGUUCGCCGGUCUUGUCUAA